UCAUCUUCACGAUCAUAUGAGCUUCGAAAGACUUGUUGAAAACUAAUUGGAUGACAAAUUGACAAUCAAGUAGGGUCCCGGAUUUCUAACAUUUAGUAUUAUAGUCUUUCAUUUUUUUUUUCUAGUCACUUUGUCCAUUAUACAGCGGUAUCCUGUCGCCAUCAGACUUUAGUUUCACAUCCCCGAAGAUUCCUGGAGAGAUGGUUCCGAAGAAUAUAGAGGGGAAAUUUUCGUCGGUUAAAGUUAAGAAGGUACAAACAGAUGAAGAAUACUGCAGCAUUAUAUGGUAGGCAAGCUGUAGCAUACUGUUUUGCAGAAGCACAGUUUACUGUCAAAAAGUUAGAUUUUGUGUUGUCCCUAAGGCAAUCGAGCAACAGCAGCAGUUAAAGUUAUUAGUACAUGUGAUGUUUUAUUUUCCCUUUUCAUUGCCACAGAAACAUUUUAUCUGAACUUUGAACGAACUCUUGGCAAUGGCAUUUCAUGUAUGACCUAAAACAAAUCUGUUUCACUUUCGAUCACCAGGUGUUUUGAUGUUGUGUCGAGAUUCGAGGUCUUUGAGCUUCAGCAUGUGACUUAUAACUCUUUUCUUCAAAUUGUUGCUGAUUCUGAGCUAAAAAUAUUUGGCGCACUCCGCUAGGGUUUUGCUGUGGUUCCUCUCCGUGGCGACGAGCAAGAUCAAGACAGCGUAAACGUUCAUGGAGAAGGCGUCGGGGCUGCUCUUCUCCGGCGUCCGGGUCGACCGAAAGCGGUUCGCCCGGGAGAUUGCCCGAUUCCAGUUGAAGAAAGAACCGGAUGAUCUCGGGGACCUAGCGGAUGCAGCGCUGGAAGCCUUGCCGGAGGUGAAGGCGAACAAGAAGGAGAAGAAGCGGAAGCGCAAGGAUAAGGACUCUUCUGGUUGCAUCUCUGGCUUACAUGCUGUGGAGGGGUUCAGUGUGUUCAAGAGUUCCGAGUCUUUGUCGUCUAUUCUAGAAAGAAAUGCUUUGGAGGCUACUUCUGCUGAGAAGAAGAAGGAAGUGGAAAAGGAGAUUGAGAAAGCUUCUAUUCUGCGUAAGAAGUAUGGAAUUCAUGUUUCAGGACACGGUGUUCCUCCCCCGCUCGAGAGUUUUGUGGAGCUAAGCUCAAGGUAUAACUGCAAACCAUAUAUUUUGCAUAACUUAACUGAACUUGGUUUUCGAGAGCCUACACCUAUUCAGAGGCAGGCUAUUCCAGUACUCCUUUCUAAGAGGGACUGCUUUGCAUGUGCACCAACUGGCUCUGGCAAGACAUUGGCAUUUUUAUGUCCAAUGCUCAUGAAGAUUAAGCCAGGGUUAAAGAAUGGUGUAAAAGCUGUUGUUCUCUGCCCUACUAGAGAAUUAGCUGCUCAAACUGCUAGAGAGUGCAAGAGGCUGGCUAAGGGGAGAAAAUUUUACAUCAAGUUAAUGACUAAGGAGCUCUCCAGAUGUGGUGAUUUUGAAAAAAUGCUGUGUGAUAUAAUCAUAUCCACUCCUUUCCGGUUGGACUUUGCUAUUCGCAAAAGGAAGUUUGACUUGAGUCGGGUGAAAUAUCUUGUCUUGGAUGAAGCUGAUAAGCUUUUUGAGCUAGGUUUUGUAGAACAAAUUGAUUCUGUGGUCAAAGCCUGUUCAAGAACUACUGUAGUACGUACACUGUUCAGUGCGACUUUGCCUGAAACUGUUGAAAAACUUGCAAGCACUGUUAUGGUUGAUGCAGUUCGAAUCAUCAUUGGUAGAAAAAAUUCUGCCUCCGAGAUGAUUAAGCAAAAGCUUGUUUUUGCUGGUAGCGAAAAAGGGAAAUUGCUUGCUAUUCAUCAAAGCUUUUCAGAGAGUCUGAAUCCUCCAGUACUAGUGUUUGUUCAAAGCAAAGAAAGAGCGAAGGAACUUUACAAGGAAUUAGCAUUUGACGACAUAAAAGUUGAUGUUAUUCAUGCAGACCUUUCCCAGCAGCAGCGAGAAGAUGCAGUUGAUAACUUCAGAUCAGGCAAGACAUGGGUUCUGAUAGCAACUGAUGUUGUUUCUCGGGGUAUGGAUUUUAAGAGGAUCAACUGUGUGAUCAACUAUGAUUUUCCUGAAUCAGCUGCAGCAUAUAUUCAUAGAAUUGGUCGAUCUGGACGGGCUGGAAGACCUGGAGAAGCUGUAACAUUCUUCACUGAAGAGGAUAAACCUUUUUUGAGGAACAUAGCCAAUGUGAUGGCAGCAUCUGGCUGUGAAGUUCCUUCCUGGAUUCUUACUUUGCCCAAGCUCAGAAAAAGAAAGCACCGGCCACACAGAGACUCGAUAUCAACCAUUCCCGACGACAGUGCCUAGUAAAAGAAAUGCUGCAGUAUGUUCUAAAGCAUCAGGUUCCUUACUCCCAUCCGUCCCGAGAGAUCUGCUACUGUGGUUUUCAUCAACAUUCUGGCCUUGAUUGCCAUGGCUGAGUUGUCUUCGAACAAAGAUUGUGGAUUCUGUCCAGAGGUUUGCUUCUGCCAAAGAAUUUGGUUGCUCGGAAAUGUAGACGAUGGUGAUAUAUUUGUGCAGGCUACAUUAACCAAUUGAUAACCAACAAGCUAUCAAGUUAUGGAGUUAAAUAUGAUUAUCUUCAUAAUCAUACAGCUUAGCCAGAUCAAGUCUGAGAAAAAAAAAUCACAAACUAAUUUGAUGAUGCUACCUACCUACUAUAAUUAUAAAAUUCGUGUUUUUUUUUUU